CACACCACAACGCAACAGAAAAUCCCGGUUCAUCGUAACAACUUUACCGACCCUCUUUCCUGGUUCUACUAGAACCUUCCAAUUUCAUUUCAUCAAAUUAGGGUUUUUUUUUCUAGGGUUUGAUUAUUCAUCCCAAAAAAAUCCCAAUUCCCCUUCAAACAAAACUUCCAAAUUUCUUAUUCAAUUCAAUUACCCAAAUGGUUCGCUCUAGUAGCAUCAUCCUCUUUACUCACCUUGCUCGUCGAUCACUUUUUCAUGCCAACGAUUCCGUAUAUCAAGUAGUUUUCCACAGGGGUUAUAGGACAUUGAAUUUAGGAUCAUGCAAUUCACCUAGAGUUAUUGGUAGUAAUGCACCAAAUGUUGCAGUUAAAGGCUGUGUUAAUUUGAAGAACUGGUUGCUAUUGGGAGCGGCUAAUUCAUAUUUAGGGGCGUCUAGAUCAAUUCAUGGCUCAGCACCGUUGGCAAGGGACUAUUAUGAUGUUCUUGGUGUGAGUAAAGAUGCAAGCUCUUCUGAAAUAAAGAAAGCUUACUAUGGGCUUGCAAAGAAGCUUCAUCCAGACACAAAUAAAGAUGAUCCCGAGGCUGAAAAGAAGUUUCAAGAAGUCACGGUGGCAUAUGAGGUUUUGAAGGAUGAGGAAAAGCGUCAACAGUAUGAUCAGGUUGGACAUGAUGGCUAUGUAAACCAACAAAGCACUGGUUUCGGAGGCGAGGGUGGCUUCAAUCCUUUCGAGCAUGUGUUCAAUGGCCAGGAUAUUUUCAACAACUUUUUCCGUCAGAGUGCUGAUGUCAAGACUGUCAUUGAACUAUCUUUUACCGAAGCUAUCCAAGGGUGCACCAAAACUUUGGCAUUUCAAACAGAUGUGCUUUGUAAUGCUUGUGGUGGGAGUGGUGUUCCUCCUGGUACAAGACCUGAAACUUGUACGCGAUGUAAAGGGUCAGGGAUGAUAUUUGUACAAACUGGAAUAUUCAGAAUGCAGAGUCCUUGUGGUACCUGCAAAGGAACUGGAAGAAUUGUAUCGAACUUCUGCAGGUCUUGCAAGGGUGCGAAAGUUGUCAAAGGAACAAAGACAGUAAAGUUAGAUAUUAUAUCUGGAAUCGACAACAAUGAGAUCCUAAAGGUGUAUGGCGGUGGAGGAGCAAAUCCUGAUGGACACCAUUCUGGUGAUCUAUAUGUUACUAUCAAGGUUAGGGAAGAUCCUGUUUUUCGCAGAGAAGGAUUAGAUGUUCAUGUGAAUGCUGUUUUAAGUUUUACUCAGGCGAUUUUGGGGGCAACCAUUGAGGUUCCGUCUUUUACUGGAAAUGUAAUGCUUAAGGUUCCCCCAGGCACCCAACCUGGUCAAAAGGUGGUUUUGAAAAGGAAAGGUAUAAGGAAAGGUAUGCAAGGAACAAAUAGUUUCAAAUAUGGCGACCAAUAUGUUCAUUUUAAUGUCAGCAUUCCAACAAGCCUGACAGAGAGGCAGCGUGAAUUGAUCGAAGAGUUUGCCAAGGAAGAGCAAGAGGAAUCGGAUAAACGGAAAGCUGCUUCGGCUUCUAGUUAAAAACAUUUGCAGAGUCUCCACUUCCCAUUAUUUUUGAAGUACUUCCAAGCCAUGCUCAACUAGGUGGGAACCCACUUGCUGAUGAAGUUUUGUAGGUGCAUUCAUCAAGGUUCACUGUUUUGUUUGGCCCCUUCCACUUAGAAAGUAUGUAUUUUUUGGGUCAUAAGUGAUGUUCACAAUUCAAAUUAUAAAAUCUAGAACUUAGAAAUCAAUAAUACUCUCAUGUUGUAGUUAAUGUUGUACAUAUUUUUUCUUAAUAAACAAAAGUUGGGCAAGUCUCGAAUUACCAA